GAAAUUUGAUUAUGAUCUAGUUUUGAGAGACGUUUCUUCAAAAGAAAGUUUUGGAAAACACGACUUAUUCCGAUUUUUGACGUUUUAAUGACGUUUUAAAACGUCACCCGUCCCCAAAGGGUUAAUCAAUAUUUGUUUUGAAUUUUUUAGAGAGUCCACCCUGUGUGAUAGUGAAACAACCGAUCUCUCAGAUAAAAAUUGUACCGGUGAAGAGUUAGAGUAUGAAAGAAAUAAUAAUAUUCCAAAAGUUGUUAGUCAAACGAAUAUGGGUGGUGGAGGUGGUGUUAAACGACCGCAAAUUAUAGAUGAUUCUCUUGAUCAUGAUGUAGAUGAAAAUAGAGAACGAAAACGAGUAAAACAUGAAGAUUCGAAUUAUGUGAUUACGUCACUACAUUCUAGUCGAAUUGUUGCGACAACAACAACAACUGUUGCUACGAAUGAAGAUAAUGGACCAGUUGUGAUCACAUCUGAAGCUCAUCAUAAGGAAGUGAACUGUGCUGAUGAAAAGCCACAACUGCGAACGGUAAGGGAUGUUGUUCAUUCACCACAUAUAUCAAGUCCUCAUGGAAAUACUGGAUGGAUUUAUGCAGCAACAACAUCUUCAACAUCAACACCCAUACAUCAUCAACGAGAGUCUAUAGCACCAAAGAAAAAAGUACGAAAACCAUCACAAGAAUUUUUACAAACAAAAUCAGAAGAGUCUGAAGCAAGUACAGAUGAUGCAUUUUGGGAGAAAAAUGAUGAUGAUAAUAAUAAAUGUCAUAAAUCAAAACACAUUUUACAUGAAGAACCAGAAGAUAUUGCUACGCCAAUAAACGACGAUGAUCAACAUCAGUCACAACUACUACAGCAACAACGAACUUUAACAAACGCUUUAACACCAUAUACACCAACUGUUAAUUACACAAUGAAACCGAGUCCAUCUGGUAGUGGCAGUGUUGAUACAUUACCUGCACGUGCUCACAAUUUUAUUUCAAAAUCGAUACUUAUGCCUGAAACAUGUUGUGUUUGUAUAAAACGAAUUCAUUUUGGUAAACUAGCUUAUCGUUGUUUAUCAUGCAAUACUCUCUGUCAUGCAUCAUGUAAAGAAAAUUGUACUACGUUGUGUUUACCAAAUGUUAAAACACCAAUGCAUGGCGCUAUUGGAAAUUUUACGCCGAAAGAAGGACCAAUGAUACCAGCUAUUCUAGUUCAUUGUGUGAAGGAAAUAGAACAACGAGGACUUCAAGAAGUUGGAAUAUAUAGACUUAAUGCCGAUGGUAGUCAAGUAAAAUCUCUAAAAGAUCGUAUAUUAAAAAGUCACACGGGCCUCUUUGAUUUAUCACAUAUAGCCGAUAUUAAUACAAUAUGUGGUGUUGUCAAAGGUUUCUUAUAUUCAUUAUCCGAAUCACUAUUGACUCAACAAUUAUGGAAAACAUUUGCAUUGAUUAUUGAGGAAGAGAGUGAUUAUGUUAAACAACAAAGAUUAGAAUCGUUAAUUCUUCAAUUACCAAAACCAAAUCGUGAUACAUUAGCAUUUAUGAUAUUACAUUUACAACGUGUGGCUGCUACUCCACAAUGUCGUAUGCCAAUAUUAAAUUUGACACGUACAAUGGGACCAGGUAUCAUUGGAUAUUCAUCGAAGCAUAUUAAUGGAAUCGAUGUUGUAGGAGAAACAUAUAAGCAAACAAAAAUUUUGGAAUUUUUUCUCAAAAUGCCAAGUGAUUAUUGGACAAAAUUUCUUCAGGACUUCACGACAAUUACAAAUGAAUAUCCAUUGACACCCAUCAAAAUGAAACAACAACAUUUGUAUCCAUCUCUUCAUAACAAUGCGACACCAACAGCACCUCAUUAUUUACAGCAAAAUAAUAACUUUUUUUCUCCGAUAUGA